AGCCUCGUAUUUCAUUAGACUCUCCUUUGAGACCUUGAACUUGACCUACACCGAUGACCUUAAUAACAAAAGCUCGGAGUCCUUUAAAUACAUACAGCAGAAAUUCUGUGAUGAUGUAAGUAUCGAUACACACAUUGAAGUCGUCAUUCUGAUUACUGGCGGUAUCGUAAUCACUUGCCAUUUUUUAGAAAACAUGUUCAUUAAUGUUUUUGUUCCCAGACAAUGUAUAUUUUAUGUCGUCAUCAUAUCUCCAUUGAUUCUUAUAAAAAUAAUUUUAAAAAAUUAAUAAAAAGCUUACAAAUAAAUAUUAAAAACAUUAAUUAUUUUUGAAUUCAACUGAUAUUUAUAAUUUUUUUUAAAGGUUGAAAGAAUCUUGGACGAUCACAAACAAUAUUUCCCCACGUACAAGAGUUGCCAGAUAGACGUGUUUGGGUAUGUUAAACAUUUCGAUUAUUGCCUUAUAUAUAUGACUGUGUAUUUGGUCUAUCUCGAUAUGCUUCAAUGUGCACCAUGUUCCACUCCUUCUUCUAAGAUUGAUGACGCAAUUGUGGAUUGAUUCAAGUAAUUAACAAAUAAAAUUGCAAAUACUCUCAAAGCUGUAAACAAAUGUGGGAUAAAACUUGAAACUUUUCACACAAUAGUGGAAUAUAUUUUAAGUCAUUGUAUUAGAGGAAAUUGCCGGUCCGUUAAGUGAUACAGUUUCAACACAUGAGCAGUGAUUCUCCAACUGUGAAGGUUCAUAUUUCCUCUAACAUACAGAUAAUGUAUGAAGUUGGUCCACUGAGCAGUAGUUCUCCAACUCUGUUGGAUCAUAUCUACCCUAAUAUACCAAUUUUGUAUUACGCCGGUCCACUCAUCAGUUACUCUGUAGGUCCAUGCUCACCGCACCCCAAAGUGGCGCCUCUGCCUUUGGUGUCAUAUUUAUGAACCAACUCAAUAAAAAUAAUUACGCUCAGUUGUUAUGUAUCCUUUGACAAUUUCAGUACCAAUAUAGAACGUUUCAGCUUUGCCUCUUAUCUUACGUAUUUAAAUGAAUGCUUCUCUGGUGGGAUCAGGGGCGACCCACAGAGGGUCAACUUCAGCCUCCAGUUUGGCGAAGGCACCGACCGGGAGCAGGUGAGAGACCUGGUGGUCAGCUUGAUCAUCGAGAACGCCAUCAGGAAGCAGUACCAGGGAGUGUUCUCUCUGCUCGUGGGCAACCUGCUGAUCGCGAUGGACAGCAUCACCGUGGAGUUCUCUACAGUACCCACCAGCCCCAGCCUCUACGGUAAAUAGAACUAUAGGCCUGCAGUAAAUUCUUGAAAAGUGUGAUAAACCUUGUGAAAGACGACAUGGCGGUCUAAAUAACAAAAAAAUAUUUUUGAGUUUCUACUUUAUCAUAACUUUUUGCUGAUGGAUGGAGAAGCGAGACUUAUUUUCUUUGGGGUGGGGAUGGGGGUGGGGGUUUUACCGGUGUGAAAGGGUGGGGGGGGGGGGGAAGACAAAGCCUGGGGAGAGUCUGCGAAUUCUUAAGGGUUGGUAAACAUCUUUUGGUAUUGAACUUAUUGUAACAAAGAUAUCGAUCUUCGUUGAGUUCAAGGGAACUUAUAUAACUUUUUGCUGAUGGAUGGAGAAGCGAGACUUAUUUUCUUUGGGGUGGGGAUGGGGGUGGGGGUUUUACCGGUGUGAAAGGGUGGGGGGGGGGAGAAGACAAAGCCUGGGGAGAGUCUGCGAAUUCUUAAGGGUUGGUAAACAUCUUUUGGUAUUGAACUUAUUGUAACAAAGAUAUCGAUCUUCGUUGAGUUCAAGGGAACUUAAACUGAUGUUGGGUCGAUUGAUUUCGUAACACAUUGUAGUCACCACACGAGACUUGUAACGUGUACCGAAAGAUUGUAGUCACCACACGAGACUUGUGACGUGUACCGAAAGAUUGUAGUCACCACACGAGACUUGUGACGUGUACCGAAAGAUUGUAGUCACCACACGAGACUUGUGACGUGUACCGAAAGAUUGUAGUCACCACACGAGACUUGUGAUGUGUACCGAAAGAUUGUAGUCAACCAGACGAGACUUGUAACGUGUACCGAAAGAUUGUAGUCACCACACGAGACUUGUGACGUGUACCGAAAGAUUGUAGUCAACACACGAGACUUGUGACGUGUACCGAAAGAUUGUAGUCACCACACGAGACUUGUGACGUGUACCGAAAGAUUGUAGUCACCACACGAGACUUGUGACAUGUACCAAAAGAUUCAAUCGCGGGCUUUGUGUAUCAUUUUGACCACCUGGUGGCAGUCUCUUUUGACACUUAAUGUUUUUAUCAGCAGCAGCUGUUGACACAUGUGUAAAGAUUCAAUUGUUACCUAAAGCUGUUGGCACAUGUGUAAAGAUUCAAUUAUUACCUAAAGCUGUUGACACACGUGUAAAGUUUCAAUUGUUACCUAAAGCUGUUGACACAUGUGUAAAGAUUGAAAUUGUCUACUUCCAGACGCCAUCAGCUACAACUACACAUUCUACAUGUACCCGGGCAACUACACGCCCGAGCUGUUGGACAAGAACUCACCGGCCUUUAAGGAGACGGCCUACAAGUUCUGUAAAGAUGUAAGUGUAAGCUUAAACACGAGUCAUUACCUCAACAUGAACCCGAUACCAGAUACAAAAAAAAAGAGUCAUUACCUCGACUGAACAUGAUACGUGAUAAGCAGCGAUACGUCUACGCACAGACACUUUAUGUCUUAACCUAGUAAAGUUUCAUUUUUCCAAGUUCGCUAUUGAUGAAGUUUCAUUUCUGGAAUUUAUCUUAUCCUUAAAAUUUAAAAAAAAAAUAUUUCCACUUGAAACGAUUGCAGAUUGAUAAAAUCUUUGAAAGCCUUGGUCUGAGAGCCGUGAGGAAGCGCUACUACGGCUGCGUAGUGGACGAGUUUGGGUAAGUCCUGGCUAGCAAAUGUGCCUUACGCCGAAAGAGAUCAAACUAGGGCGUAAGUGGUUGCAGUUUGUUUUUAUUUUUUCCAUUUAUAUAUGUCCGAUAUCUUGAGAAAAUACCCGGUGGUUGAAAGUGUUAAAAAAAAGACUUUACUUCUCAUUUUCUACAGUGCGCUACGAAGUCUACUGCACCGUGUCGUAGUUGGUUAUUUCUUGACACAAACGAUCGACGAAGGCAACGCACUCUCACUGCGAGAUAGGACAGUAGAUUUCUUUGCAUCUCAUAGAAAAUGAGUCAAAUACUCCUUUUUUGUGUGUGUUGCUGUUGUAACACUUGAACCCAUCGGCUUAACCGGGUGCAGUUGUUUACACCGGGUUUAACCGGGUCCGGGUAUUUUGAGACAAAUGGCAGUCUAAAGAAGAAGAAAAAGCCCACCUAACACAGGAGUUGAGACGUCACGCAUGACGCUCACUGCCGGACGCUCACUGCAGGACAGCCAUUUUUCCCCCUUUCCUCAGUAUCAUUAAUAUAAAACAUGCGUNGAAGCAAAAAAAUAAUAUAUAUAUAUAUAUAAAGAGAUACUUUAAUUAGAAAUAGUUUGUACGCAGGCAAAUAUAGCUGAAAUAUAUCACAUACAAGGCCAUCUUUCAGCAGGGAAGGGACUCAUUCAAGCCAACUAGAGGGGAAUGGGUGGGGGGGGGGGGGGGGGAAUCAACUGCUCAUCAGUUCACGCAGAGGUCAAAGGUUGAAUUUUCAAUCAUUACACAGCCCUUCCCAAUUCAUUCGACCGAUUCAACUAUGUCGUAAAUUCUAUUUUAUCUUAGAUAAACGACAUGCAUUAUUUUAUUUUAUCCUGUUCAUCAAUUAUUUUCAAAAGACAGCAUUUGCAUAUAUUUGCAUACAUUAUAAUUUGGUGUUGUUGAGGGAAAUCCCCCCCCCCCCCAGCUCCAAAAAAAAUAAAUAAAUAAAUAAAAAUAAUUAUUUCCCUCAUUACUUAUUCAUAACGCGUCUUCUCCUGUCCAUGUCCAUGUCCAUGUCCAGUCCGAACAGAGAAGUCAACUUCCGUGUCGCCCUCACCGACACCGACGUGGUCCGGCCGUCCAGUAUGUUCAACAUCUUCGCCUACCACGGCGACCAGGUCAACCUGAACGGCGUCUACCACCUGCCCAUGGGCGGCGUCUACGUGGCGGUGGACAUGGAGCCCACCUCCUCGCUGUUCAAGCUGGAGAGCUUCACGACCCACCCUUACCCCUUCGUGACGACCACACCCACAGGUAGUUGACUUGGACUUGAUCGAGUUGUCCUUUCUUGUUAACAACUUUUUUUGUCUUGCUUUUUUUAAAUUAUUUGUUUGAUCCAUAAAAGAAUCUCAUCUUAACAUGUACGUCUCGUGUGGUCUCGUCUCAUCUCGUCUCAUCUCGUCUCAUCUCGUCUUAUUUCGUCUCGUCUCGUCUUUUAGCGCGUGACUCAGUUCUCAUCUUUAUUUUUCAUGUAACACUUUUCUUCACACUUCGAUAUGAUUAUUUUGACAUUUUUUCUUCUCUAUUACAGUAAACAAAAAUUAGUUCUAUAUAAUGUACAUUUUAUUUUUAAAAAAAGAAUUUACAAUCUAUUUAAUUUUAGAAUGUAGCAAUUUUCUUCUCUUUCUUUUUACUUUGUACAUUAAUUAAAUCAUUUGAGUAAAUCGCAAAAAUAUUUUCUGAUUUGAAUUUUGAAUAUUUUAUCAUGAAAAAAAAAUCUAUUUUUACCAUUCUGGUAAAUAAAUUACAUUUUUUUUAAAAUAACAUUUUUAAACUCUGGCUCAAACCAAAUUCGUUACAACUUAAGAGCUCAAAUCGUCAAUGCAUCUGUCGGCGAGAGGGUCAGUCGCCAUGACGGGUUUGAUGACCUUGACACAUUGUUUAAACAUUCAGAUUUAACCAGCCGCCACAUUCGAUAAGUCCUCUUAUCUCUGUCUUAACAAUCCCCAGUCCUGUACACCGUCAUCACGGUCUCACUGCAAGUCUUAGAACCAGGCUGGACGUCUGAUCUGGAAGACCACGCGAGUGCCAGGUAUCGACUCCUGUCGGAGCCGUUCUGCAAUGAUGUGAGUAGAUCUACCUAGCUACCGGCUGUCAUUUGUAGCCCGCAUUUAUUAUAUGUAAAAUUUUUAACAACGAAAUGCGUUAUCGGAAAAUGCCCCCACCCUCCCUGUAACCGAACUUAUCAGAUGUCAUCCAUAGAUAUGAAAAUGCAAAGAACAAGACAUUUUAAAUACGAACAUUCUUUCACUCGUCGACUUGUUGUGUAAAGGAGUUUUUUUUCUCGAUUCUAUAAAAUUAUUUGAUUCAGUAGAUACAGUUUGUUUGCUUUUGAUAUGAUCCUGCAACUGAUCCACAUGUCAUGUCAGUGUCACACAAGGCAGUCAGCGUUGAUAAUGUGACGCCAUAAUGCACAGUCUCACAAAUGUCUCUUUGCUAUCUAGGUCACGGCAUGGGUCACAGAGUGGAAGAAAGAUUAUAUCAAAUGCAGCAAUGUCAACUUCAGGUAAGUAAACAAAUUUUGAAUUGAAUUAUUUUUUCCCCAACUAACUGAACAAAAUAUUGUGGCGAGCGGUGAGGUCUUGUUUCUGUCUUUACAAACACAGUACAAUCUUUUGUCUUUACAAACACAGUACAAUCUUUUGUCUUUACAAACACAGUACAAUCAUUUGUCUUUACAAACACAGUACAAUCUUUUGUCUUUACAAACACAGUACAAACUUUUGUCUUUACAAACACAGUACAAUCUUUUGUCUUUACAAACACAGUACAAUCUUUUGUCUUUACAAACAACAUACAAUCUUUUGUCUUUACAAACACAGUACAAUCUUUUGUCUUUACAAACACAGUACAAUCUUUUGUCUUUACAAACACAGUACAAUCUUUUGUCUUUACAAACACAGUACAAUCUUUUGUCUUUACAAACACAGUACAAUCUUUUGUCUUUACAAACACAAUACAAUCUUUUGUCUUUAAAAACACAGUACAAUCUUUUGUCUUUACAAACACAAUACAAUCUUUUGUCUUUACAAACACAAUACAAUCUUUUGUCUUUACAAACACAAUACAAUCUUUUGUCUUUACAAACACAGUACAAUCUUUUGUCUUUACAAACACAGUACAAUCUUUUGUCUUUACAAACACAGUACAAUCUUUUGUCUUUACAAACACAGUACAAUCUUUUGUCUUUACAAACACAGUACAAUCUUUUGUCUUUACAAACACAGUACAAUCUUUUGUCUUUACAAACACAGUACAAUCUUUUGUCUUUACAAACACAGUACAAUCUUUUGUCUUUACAAACACAGUACAAUCUUUUGUCUUUACAAACACAGUACAAUCUUUUGUCUUUACAAACACAGUACAAUCUUUUGUCUUUACAAACACAAUACAAUCUUUUGUCUUUAAAAACACAGUACAAUCUUUUGUCUUUACAAACACAAUACAAUCCUUUGUCUUUACAAACAACAUACAAUCUUUUGUCUUUACAAACAACAUAUAAUCUUUUGUCUUUACAAACAACAUACAAUCUUUUGUCUUUACAAACACAGUACAAUCUUUUGUCUUUACAAACACAGUACAAUCUUUUGUCUUUACAAACACAAUACAAUCUUUUGUCUUUAAAAACACAGUACAAUCUUUUGUCUUUACAAACACAAUACAAUCCUUUGUCUUUACAAACAACAUAUAAUCUUUUGUCUUUACAAACAACAUACAAUCUUUUGUCUUUACAAACACAGUACAAUCUUUUGUCUUUACAAACACAAUACAAUCUUUUGUCUUUACAAACACAGUACAAUCUUUUGUCUUUACAAACACAAUACAAUCUUUUGUCUUUACAAACACAAUACAAUCUUUUGUCUUUACAAACACAGUACAAUCUUUUGUCUUUACAAACACAAUACAAUCCUUUGUCUUUACAAACAACAUACAAUCUUUUGUCUUUACAAACAACAUACAAUCUUUUGUCUUUACAAACACAGUACAAUCUUUUGUCUUUACAAACAACAUACAAACUUUUGUCUUUACAAACACAAUACAAUCUUUUGUCUUUACAAACACAGUACAAUAUUUUGUCUUUACAAUCACAAUACAAUCUUUUGUCUUUACAAACAACAUACAAUCUUUUGUCUUUACAAACAACAUAUAAUCUUUUGUCUUUACAAACAACAUACAAUCUUUUGUCUUUACAAACACAGUACAAUCUUUUGUCUUUACAAACACAAUACAAUCUUUUGUCUUUACAAACACAGUACAAUCUUUUGUCUUUACAAACACAAUACAAUCUUUUGUCUUUACAAACACAAUACAAUCUUUUGUCUUUACAAACACAGUACAAUCUUUUGUCUUUACAAACACAAUACAAUCCUUUGUCUUUACAAACAACAUACAAUCUUUUGUCUUUACAAACAACAUACAAUCUUUUGUCUUUACAAACACAAUACAAUCUUUUGUCUUUACAAACAACAUACAAUCUUUUGUCUUUACAAACACAAUACAAUCUUUUGUCUUUACAAACAACAUACAAUCUUUUGUCUUUACAAACAACAUACAAGCUUUUGUCUUUACAAACACAAUACAAUAUUUUGUCUUUACAAACACAAUACAAUCUUUUGUCUUUACAAACACAGUACAAUCUUUUGUCUUUACAAACACAGUACAAUCUUUUGUCUUUACAAACACAAUGCAAUCUUUUGUCUUUACAAACACAAUACAAUCUUUUGUCUUUACAAACAACAUACAAUCUUUUGUCUUUACAAACACAAUACAAUCUUUUGUCUUUACAAACAACAUACAAUCUUUUGUCUUUACAAACAACAUACAAUCUUUUGUCUUUACAAACAACAUACAAUCUUUUGUCUUUACAAACACAAUACAAUCUUUUGUCUUUACAAACAACAUACAAUCUUUUGUCUUUACAAACAACAUACAAUCUUUUGUCUUUACAAACACAAUACAAUCUUUUGUCUUUACAAACACAAUACAAUCUUUUGUCUUUACAAACACAAUACAAUCUUUUGUCUUUACAAACACAGUACAAUCUUUUGUCUUUACAAACACAAUGCAAUCUUUUGUCUUUACAAACACAAUACAAUCUUUUGUCUUUACAAACACAGUACAAUCUUUUGUCUUUACAAACAAAGUACAAUCUUUUGUCUUUACAAACACAGUACAAUCUUUUGUCUUUACAAACAACAUACAAUCUUUUGUCUUUACAAAAAACAUACAAUCUUUUGUCUUUACAAACAACAUACAAUCUUUUGUCUUUACAAACAACAUACAAGCUUUUGUCUUUACAAACACAAUACAAUCUUUUGUCUUUACAAACACAAUACAAGCUUUUGUCUUUACAAACACAAUACAAUCUUUUGUCUUUACAAACACAAUACAAUCUUUUGUCUUUACAAACACAGUACAAUCUUUUGUCUUUACAAACACAAUGCAAUCUUUUGUCGUUACAAACACAAUACAAUCUUUUGUCUUUACAAUCGCAAUACAAUCUUUUGUCUUUACAAACACAAUACAAGCUUUUGUCUUUACAAACACAAUACAAUCUUUUGUCUUUACAAACACAAUACAAUCUUUUGUCUUUACAAACACAAUACAGUCUUUUGUCUUUACAAACACAAUACAAUCUUUUGUCUUUACAAUCACAAUACAAUCUUUUGUCUUUACAAUCACAAUACAAUCUUUUGUCUUUACAAACACAAUACAAGCUUUUGUCUUUACAAACACAAUACAAUCUUUUUUCUUUACAAUCACAAUACAAUCUUUUGUCUUUACAAUCACAAUACAAUCUUUUGUCUUUACAAACACAAUACAAUCAUUUGUCUUUACAAACACAAUGCAAUCUUUUGCCAUUACAAACACAAUGCAAUCCUUUGUCUUUACAAACACAAAACAAUCUUUUGUCUUUACAAUCACAAUACAAUCUUUUGUCAUUACAAUCACAAUACAAUCUUUUGUCUUUACAAACACAAUACAAGCUUUUGUCUUUACAAACACAAUACAAUCUGUUGUCUUUACAAACACAAUGCAAUCUUUUGUCAUUACAAACACAAUGCAAUCCUUUGUCUUUACAAUCACAAUACAAUCUUUUGUCAUUACAAUCACAAUACAAUCUUUUGUCUUUACAAACACAAUACAAGCUUUUGUCUUUACAAACACAAUACAAUCUGUUGUCUUUACAAACACAAUGCAAUCUUUUGUCAUUACAAACACAAUGCAAUCCUUUGUCUUUACAAACACAAUACAAUCUUUUGUCUUUACAAACACAAUACAAUCUUUUGUUUUUACAAACACAAUACAAUCUUUUGUCUUUACAAACAGAAUACAUUCAUUUGUCUUUACUUUGUAAGAAGACAUCACGGUAAAAUCCUGGCAUAGUUGUUGCUUCGAUAGGAACACAUCAUCAAAUCAGAACACAUCUCAGUCUUGCAGUACAUUUUAAUCUACUGACUUUUGUCUUCUCCUCGAUAUUUAACAUUGAGAAAAAUAUGCGUGAUCAACAGAUUUGAUAUUUCUAUGUUGAAUUUUAUAUAUAUAUAUAAAAAAAAAGGAAUUUCCAAGGGAUGUAACCAGAAAACUUGUUAUAUUUUUUAUUUAUAAGUUGUUAUAUCCCCUGUUUGAUCAGAAUAAAACGAAAGAAUAAAUUAAUGAUACAAAAUUAACCCAAUAGGCUUUGUCAUUUCUAAGACCGGAAAACGUCAUAGCGUACUAUUUUUAGAAGAUCCGCGGACAAAUAUUGCUUAAAACAUGGCAGCUUAUGGUGUGUUUCAGCAUAUCGUUCGGGCGAUCCUUGUAUCUAGAGUGACUGUUACAUAUGACGUUCACGCAAUGAAGUCGCAUUUGAGAAAACAGAAGUAAAAAAAAAAUGUGUAAAAUAUUUCGUAAAAUAGAGUUGUAAACAAGUUUCAGGGACACUUCGCUAACAUAGUAAUACUGAACAGUGUUGACAUUUUGUCCCCGCUGAGUACCCGGAGGAUCAGUAAUGGUGACAUCAGUUCUAUUAAUAGAUUUCCGCCAUUAAAUGACAAGCCCUAUAAAACAGUAUAAAAGUGGUGGCUAUUUUCUUGUUGCCAGUAAGGAUCCGUUCACCAUCACGGCAGAGCUGAGCUUCACGGGACUUCAGGGGCCAAACUUGGACCAGGAGAUCUACACCAUCCUAAUGGAGAGGGCCAACAGGUGAGCCAGUUCUAUCCCCUUGUCUCAUUGAAACAUCAAAGUACCUGGCUCAAACAAUAACUCUCUAAGCAAUGAUGUACAGCUGUAGCACUGUAUUCUAUGGACGCCCAAAAAUAAAAAUUCCAAGAAAUUAUGACGAUUUGGGAUUCUGAUAAACAGCGUUAAAUUACUUGAAUCCAUGGUUUGUUUAUUUACUUUAGUACAGUGGUUCUCAAUCGUCAUAAUGCCGCCACCCUUUAAUACAGUUUCCACCUGUUGUGGCGACCCCCCCCCCACCACAAAAUUAUUUUCGUUGCUGCUUCAUACCUGUAGGGUACAUGUGUUUUCCGAUGGUCUCAGGCGAGAGGGGUGUUCGACCCACAAAGGGUUCGUGACUCACUGGUGGAGAACCGCUGCUUGAGUAGAUCAGAAGUUCUCGCAUUGCGCCCCCCCCCCACAUUGUUUGGCGGGCUAUUUCUAGUCUUAUAACUAACAUCAUUGUUUUACUUUCACCGAGAGAAUUACAAUUUAUUACACAUAACAAGACUGUGUGUGUGUGUGUGUGUGAGUGACAUAUAUCUUUUUUUUUUUUUUUUUUUUUUUUUUUUUUUUUUUUUUUUUUUUUAGUCUUUUUUUUUUUUUUUUUUAAAAUUUUUUUUUUUUUUUUUUUUUUUUUUUUUUUUUUUUUUUCUCGUUCAUUUAUCCAGAGCUACAUUUCUUCGAUUCGAAAAUUUGCAGAAUAUUCAUCGACAACAUGUACGCCCUUGACAUUGGGGAUAUGCUGAUCUACGACCAGUCGCUCGUACUCUCCAAGCGAACCGUUUCCGUAGAUGAGACCACGCCCGUCUCAGUAACGACAACCGACGGAACCACAGUUCAAACAAAGCCGACCACGACGGCAGGUGAGUUAGUGGAGUGGUGCAGGUGACUCAGUGGAUUGGUAUGUGGACCUUGCACAAUGAUUAGUGCAGGUGACUCAGUGGAUUGGUAUGUGGAUCUUGCACAAUGAUUGGUGUAGGUGAGUCCGUGGAUUGGUAUGUGGACCUUGCAGAAUGAUUGGUGCAGGGAAGUCAAUGUUAUUCUUUAAUUUCAAUGUUGUUCGUUGUACUGAUGAAGGCGUGGCCGAAAUGUAUGUAUGUAUGUAUGUAUGUAUGUGUCUUUUGUUGUAAGAUAAUUUCAGCUGACAUACACUGCGUUCCUUACACACACACACUUGUAUGAGUUGAGUGCGGUACUCACUGUAUGUUUACCUGUCCCCCCAGAGCUUGACCCCUGCCUCUACUCUGCUAACCUGGACUACGUCCCCCAUCCGACCAAGUGCGACCAGUUCUAUCAGUGCAUCAACGGCAUGGCCUUCCCCAUAACGUGCAAGCCGGGUUCAAUCUUCGACGGCGGCACCUGCAUCGCCGCACCACCUGGUUUUGUCUGCAGGCGAUAGCGGUCAUCUCUUCGUGUGUUUUAAUGUAGUCUAUUUCUUUAGUUUAUGUUUUUAACGUGUUAGUUAGGACUAAAAAUAGACAGGUCACGUGAUAAGCCUAUUGGCCAUUGAAAUGUUUGUUUAUCAAUAUCUGACCUUUCUCAGACUGUCGGACAUGUGAUCUGUUUCGUUAUCAUCGCGAGAUGCAUUCCCACGAGAACCAGAAGUGAGCUGAACCACCCUCCCUUCCUUCCCCACUCCCUCUGUUCGACAACAGAUGUGUUAAAAAUCAAUGUACAUGAGUUGGUCACCAUUUAAACGUGCACACGUUUCUGACCUGUACACAUGACCUUGAAUACGAACUUUAUCCUUGAACUAACUCAGAUUGACCUGUUCUAAACUACACCAAAUGGUUUGGUGGGCCUGUUCUGAUCUACACCAAAUGGUUUGGUGGGCCUGUUCUGAUCUACACCAAAUGGUUUGGUGGGCCUGUUC